GCAACACUGAAUUUCUGCUGUCAUCUUGAAUACCGUUUCAUCGCGGCUGUUUGUUUUCUACAAAAUAAAACAAUUUUACUGCACAAAUACUUCAAAGUAAAUAAAUAUACCCGUUUUAAAUUAAACAGUAACUCGAUACGAAAAUGGCUGCUUUGGUGGUUCAAUCUCGUUUUGCUGGAUUGAAGGUUGAAGAUGACGAUAAUCCUUCAUCUGUCGAUAAUCAGAAGACAAAGAAAGUGAAAACAAACACCGCCAAAAAGCCUGAACCUGUCAAGAAAAUUAAAAGCAACACUAAACAACAGUCUGCAGGAAAGAAAAAGAAAUCCAAACAAAACACGGCUACAAGUGAGCAGUGGGAGACGUGGAAGCAGAAGGAUGAGGAGCUGGUUGAUGGCCACUUUGAAUUGGAGUUACAACAGGCAAUUCUCUUAUCAAAACUUGAUUAUGAAGAAAAAAAAGAUGUUUACAAACAAAUGAAGAAAGAGGCAGAAAUUGAGAAAAAGGCAAUAGUGCAGACCUCCAAAGCUGGCUCAAAGAAACAGAAGAAGAAAAAUGUUAUGAGUCUCGAUCAAUUCAAUGAUAUGAUGAAGGGUGGUGAUGAACCCAAGCCAAGCUAUGAUGAUUAUGAUGAUUCUUCAAACGACGAUCCGAAAUCUCCUGAUAAAGAUACAGAAUUCUUUGAAAGAGUAAAAGAUGAUGCCAAGUGUGAAUUGCUUAAAGACCAAAUAAAGGAUAAAAUUCGACAUCGACAGACUCUUUCAAAUGAACUUAUCACAAGGGUUCAAUUUGCUGAUGCUUUAGAGAGGAAAAACAAAGAGAUAGCAGCACUGAGACAGGAGGUCACGAGUUUGAAGCAAGAACUUCUCACAGUCAAAUCUAGGAAUAAGAAAUUAUGCAACAUUCUUGGACAGGGUGAAAUGAAGGACAAGGCGGAGGUGCUGAUAGAGGUGGAGCGGCUGCGCGCGGUGCAGGCGGAGCUGACGGCGGAGCUGGCCGCGCUGCACACUGACCUCGAGAAGGAGCGCUCCAGGAACGCCGACCCCAGGACUAAGGACAAGAAAAAAAAGUGCGGAAAUGGCGAUAAAGAAAAAUAGUAGGAUCUCGUUAAUUUGAAUGCAUGGGAGGGGUCAGCCCAAACAGGGGUAAUGACCCCCCAUAAAAAAUAGGAGUGUAGAAAGGGUGGUUUGAUUUCUCCACAAUGGAAAAAAGCAAAACUUAAAGGAUCGUCGCCGCCGGCCACGUGUCAACAAGAGAUUAAUAUUACGGAGGAGUGAUUUCUUUAAAAAAAUAAUGUCACAUAAUAUAAUAUUGGUAAAAAAUAGUAGUUUCCUAAAUUAAAUACGUUAAAUUACUUGAAUUUUAAAUGAUCUAUCAAGAUUAGAAUUAAAUGAUCUAUAUAGAUUAUGGUCUUGAUAGAUAUGGACCUCCUGAUCAUUAAAUACUAUAAAGUGAUUCAUACUUUGUCGAAAAAAUUUUGUUCAUAAAACGUAGGCGGUGUUCUGAUGAUAGUAAAUUUUCGUUGCCAAUUCUGUCCAA